CAAAAUUCCACGAAUCGAUGCGGAACAGAGAAGAAGAGAGAGCGCAGUGGGCAUCCAGAGCAAGAGGGGGCGGACAACCGGUGCCCUUAAUCAUUUAAGCACAAAUUGAAACCGUCGCAGUCCCGCCGUUCUGUUUUAAAGAACAGGACUGAAGAAAAUAGGGUGAAAAUGGCGCAACCGGACACUAAGAAGAUCUUCUUCGAGAACCUAUCGGGAGCUGGCAAAGCCAUCGCGGUACUGACGAGCGGAGGAGAUGCUCAAGGGAUGAAUGCUGCCGUACGUGCUGUGGUUCGAAUGGGAUUAUACGUGGGCGCUAAAGUUUAUUUCAUUCAUGAGGGAUAUCAGGGUAUGGUGGAUGGAGGGGAGAACAUAAGGGAAGCCAAAUGGGAAAGUGUCUCAAGCAUGCUGCAAGUGGGCGGGACUGUCAUCGGCAGCGCCCGCUGCAAAGAUUUCCGCACGCACGAGGGACGCCUGAAGGCCGCUCUGAACCUGGUGCAGCGCGGCAUCACCAACCUGUGCGUGAUCGGCGGAGAUGGCAGUCUGACUGGAGCCAACCUCUUCAGGGAGGAGUGGAGUGGACUGCUGGCGGAGCUUGUGGAGCAAGGCGCGCUGGAGGCCGAUGCUGUGCAGCAGUACUCGGCGCUUCACAUCGUGGGGAUGGUCGGUUCCAUCGACAACGACUUCUGCGGCACCGACAUGACGAUCGGCACGGACUCGGCCUUGCACAGAAUCAUCGAGGUGGUGGAUGCAAUUAUGACGACCGCACAGAGUCACCAGAGAACGUUUGUGUUGGAGGUCAUGGGCAGACACUGCGGGUACUUAGCCUUGGUGAGCGCCCUGGCCUGCGGGGCAGACUGGGUGCUGAUCCCGGAGAUGCCGCCAGAGGACGGCUGGGAGGAGAAGAUGUGUCAGAAACUGUCUGCGAACCGAGCAGGGAUGAAAAGGCUGAAUAUCAUAAUUGUAGCCGAAGGGGCGAUUGAUCGUAACAACAAGCCCAUUACCACUGACUAUAUUAAGGAUCUUGUUGUCAAAUGUUUGGGUUUCGACACACGAGUGACAAUUCUGGGGCAUGUGCAGAGAGGAGGGACCCCAUCUGCUUUUGACCGCAUCUUGGCCAGUCGUAUCGGCGUGGAGGCCGUUCUUGCCCUUCUAGAGACCACAGCCAACACGCCGGCCUGUGUGGUCUCUCUGGUCGGAAAUCAGUCGGUGCGUGUGCCUCUGAUGGAGUGCGUGCAGAUGACUCAGGAGGUCCAGAAGGCCAUGGACGGGAAGCGGUUUGAGGAGGCUGUUAAGCUUCGGGGCAGGAGUUUUGAAAACAACUUGAAGACGUACAAACUCUUGGCUCAUCGCAAACCAGAGUCGGAGCUGCCAGUUAGCAACUUCAACGUGGCAGUGCUGAACGUCGGUGCUCCUGCAGCAGGGAUGAACGCCGCGGUCCGUUCAGCAGUGAGGGUGGGCAUCUCUGAGGGCCACAAGAUGUUUGCGGUCAGCGAUGGCUUCGAGGGAUUCUCCAAAGGACAGAUUAGGGAGUUUAAAUGGGCAGAUGUUGGAGGAUGGACUGGACAGGGUGGCUCCCUACUGGGAACCAAAAGAACUCUUCCUGCAAAGCAUGUUGAAAAAAUUGCUGAGCAGAUGAGAAAGCACAAUAUAAAUGCGCUGCUCAUUAUCGGGGGAUUUGAGGCCUUCCUGUCACUGCUGGAAUUGUUAACGGCGCGCGGGAAAUAUGACGAGCUCUGUGUGCCCAUGGUCAUGGUCCCAGCCACUGUCUCCAACAAUGUGCCGGGCUCAGACCUCAGCAUCGGUGCUGACACGGCUCUGAACGCCAUCACUGCUGCGUUUGAGAGUCUCCUGCAGCUGUUUGAGGCUCGUGGUACCUAUGAGGAGUUUUGCAUCCCGAUGUGUAUGCUGCCUUCCACCAUAAGUAACAAUAUACCGGGCACAGAUCUAAGUAUCGGGGCUGACACGGCCCUCAAUGCCAUCGUGGAGACCUGUGACCGCAUCAAGCAGUCAGCCAGUGGGACCAAGAGACGCGUGUUCAUCAUCGAGACCAUGGGAGGCUACUGUGGCUACCUGGCCACUGUGGGAGGUUUGGCAGCCGGAGCUGAUGCCGCGUACAUCUAUGAGGAGCCGUUCGACAUUAGAGACCUGCAGGCCAAUGUUGAACAUUUGACGGAGAAAAUGAAGACGAGCAUUCAGAGAGGACUGGUCCUCAGGAAUGAGAACUCCAGCGAAAACUACACAACAGAUUUUAUCUACCAGCUGUACUCUGAGGAAGGGAAGGGCGUGUUUGACUGCAGGAAGAACGUGCUGGGACACAUGCAGCAGGGAGGAGCGCCAUCUCCAUUCGACCGGAACUUCGGGACUAAGAUCUCGGCCAAGGCCAUGCAGUGGAUUACCAAAAAGCUGACCGAGACGUUCAGACAAGGCCGAGUGUUCGCCAACACUGAGGACACCUGCUGUCUGUUGGGGAUGCGACGCAGGGCUCUGGUCUUCCAGCCAGUUGUACAGCUCACGGAUGACACUGACUUCGUUCACAGGAUCCCCAAGGAGCAGUGGUGGCUGAAGCUGCGCCCCCUCAUGAAGAUCCUGGCCAAGUACAAGACGAGCUACGACGUCUCCGACUCGGGACAACUGGAGCACGUCGUACACAACCGGCCUAAAGAGUUAGACGCUUCGGUGGCCAUGUGAAGGCGCGAACAGUGCUGUCCGCGUGUGUGUGUGUUAGUGUGUGAGGCAUCCGUUUGUGUUCUGUAGAAGAGCUCAAGUAACAACUUCCCCGUCUGUGUCAUUUCCUCCUCGAAACCAUAAGCAGUGUAAGCCUCCGCGGCGCAGCGAACACACAUACAUGCUCCCACACGCAUGGCGUACACGACUGUCCUGCCACACACCUCCGUGUACUGCUCCCCCUUGGAUGUUUAGUGUCACUGGUGUUCUCAAAUUGCACUUUUACCUGUCUGCAGUUGCACAACGACAGAAAAGACACUGUAUUCUGUGUAAAACCAACAUAUGUGUGUGUGUGUGUGUGUAAGUACACUUGCCUAGAACCAGUGCAAGAUUCAGCAUAUGAUAGAGAUGAGACGGGAAAAACAGCUCUUCUAUCGUUAGAAGUAAAGAGAUCUACAUGCUGUGCUUCACACAGGAAAUAAUAUUUAUCUUUUUAACAUUGUUUAUUUUUUUGCUUGUAAAGUUGGAAUAUAGUUUAUUAAGUGUCAGCACUCCUGUAAUGAAGUAGAUGUUUCUCCUACUGCACCAACGAGUUCAAUGUGUAAGAGACUAAUGUUUCCCGCACAUUAAAACCAGACUUGAGAAGUGGACCCCGGUCA